ACAUCCAUAAUACUUGCAUACGUCAUUUGCCAAAGCGGUCAACAGAAGCAGACAACUCUUCAUGAAGAGAUAAAAGGAAAUAUCCCAAUCACUGAGAAACCAUCCAGUUUCUAAAUUUUCGUACAUAAUGCCAGCGAAGAUAUAUAUCUGCAUUCGUCAUGUUGCACACCGACAGGAAUAUCGACAUCAUUGUUUACGGAGCGACCGGCUUCACCGGCAAGCUGGUCUGUCAGCAUCUCCAGAGACGAUACUUGGACCCCUCGGCGGAAGAGAAAUUAAACUGGGCUAUUGGAGGUCGUUCGCAGGAGAAGUUGGACAAGGUCAAAUCGGAAUUAGGGUUGCCCAAGGAUCUCAAAGUUUUUGUGGCUGAUUCGAAUGAUGAAAAGGCGUUGAAUGAGAUGUGCAAGCAGUCCAAAUCACUCGUCACUCUCGUCGGUCCUUACGCUAUGUACGGAGACAAGCUUGUAGCGGCGUGCGUGGCCAAUGGGACGCACUAUUUCGACUUGACUGGCGAGACCCUUUGGGCUUCUCGUCAAAUUUCGAAACUUGAAAGUCAGGCGAGAGAAUCAAAGACAAUCGUCGUUCAUAGUUGUGGCUAUGAUUCGGUUCCUAGCGAUUUGAAUGCAAUGCUUGCUGUCAGAGAGCUAAAGAAAGUCGCCGGACAAGACGUCAAAGUAGGACGAGUCACCGCAGGUGCUACGGCAAAAGGAGGUGUCAGUGGCGGGACUAUCGCUAGCAUGCUGAAUAUGUAUGAUGAAGGUGUCUCACAACUACGCAAAGCAAUGUCUUGCUACCUCUUAAGUCCUGUCAAGGGACAUCAAAAGAAAGAUCCUUCGUGGGUCACUAAAGAACCUGGCUUGGUUGGUGGUUUUUUCAUCAUGGCUCCCCACAAUGGGGCCAUCGUACGUCGAUCGUGGGGCUUGUUGGAAGCCUCCUCAGAUAGUGCUAUUAAAAACGAAAGAUAUGGCGCGAAAUUCAAUUAUGAUGAAUAUCUCAUCACUCCAGGUCAAGUUGCCGGGUUUCUCCUUACCCUGUUUUUUAGGGUCUUUGCUUUGAUGAUGCUAGUUCCUCAAGCCAGGUCUUUGGUAAAGAAGUAUGGAACCCAACCUGGGGAUGGACCCGAUGAAAUAACCAGGAAGAACGGCCAUUUCAAACAUAUUACCACGGCCCAUUCAGUUGAGGAUGAUGUUCAAGUUAGAGUUACUAUGAGCGGAAAUCUUGACCCGGGUUAUGGCUGGACGGCAAUCAGCAUCGCUGAAUGCGCCGUUACCUGCGUGCGGGCCCAUAAUAAGCUACCGCCCCUAGCUCAUCAAGGAGGAUUUCUGACUCCAUCCACUGCUCUAGGGGAUGCUUUGUUGGAAAGGUUGGAAUUGACUGGAACAACCAAAAUAGACAAACAAGUCCUCCGCAAUGAUCGCAAAAAGACCAAUUGAAAAUUGGAACAUGCCCUCUCAAAAGAAGAUCUGUAAUAGGCACUGGAUUCAAUGCCAGGAUUGAUUGCUGCGAUCUGGUUGACGCCCAGCCUACUUAUUCCUCCAUAUAUCGUUAUGUCUGUACCUUGAUUAUUUAAUGCUUCAAUCCAAUGUUUAAGAAUCGAAGCGCGUUCCAAGUUGCGCACGGCAUAAUCUAUUGUGACACCGUGCGUCUAGUGUUUUUGAACGAGUGGGGAUGUGGUUUUCACAAUCUAGAGGCAUAUAAAAUCCAUAUGCAAACGAAACAAUCGACUUCAUCAAACAUUAGAGAGGUGUUUCAUUUCAAAACAGUCACAUCAUAGAUCAUCAUCUCUGCAACUAGAUUGUUGGACUCACAACGCUCAUGACCAAGCAAAA